AUGCCUCCUCCUGGUGCAUGCCUGAACAUUAUGGAGGCUCGUCACAAGCAGAUGGGAUAUGGGAGCAUCUCCAACCCUGAGAAGUUCUUUAACCAAGACUUCAAGAACCUGAAACAGUACUUUCUAACCAAAGGAUUAAGGUACGUCGAUGACAUCUUCCCCCCCGAUGCAAAGUCUGUUGGCCAGGGGAUACUGACGCCCUCCGACCUGGCCCACGUGAAGUGGCUAAGACCUGCACAAAUUGCUCCUGAUGCUGAAUUUGUGGUUGAUGGCGUCUCCAGAUUUGACAUUGGUCAAGGUGUACUUGGAAACUGCUGGUUUCUUGCAUCAAUCGGCGCACUGACUUUCCAGAAUCACAUCUUUAAACAAGUUGUUCCGCUCGACCAAACAAUCAAAGAGAACUACUGUGGCAUUUUUCACUUCAGGUUCUGGAGAUUCGGGCGGUGGGUGGACGUCGUCAUUGAUGACAAGUUGCCGACGAUCAAUGGCAGACUAAUCUUUGUUCACUCCAAAGAUCCAAAUGAGUUCUGGCCUGCUCUGCUGGAGAAAGCUUAUGCCAAGGUUUGUGGUUCCUACACCGACAUGACUUCUGGAACUCCUUCAGAGGCUAUGAUGGAUUUCACCGGUGGCGUCCACAUGUGCGUCCAGCUGUCGGAUACCAGUUCAGAUGUGUGGGGGCUGAUCUGUAGAGCUGGCAAAUCCAACACAUUGAUGGGCUGUGGUACACCUCAAGGGGAAACAUCUGCUAACACAGUUUUGCCAAAUGGACUGGUCCAAGGGCACGCCUACACUGUGACAGGGGUUAAAGAGCUUAUUAGCCAAGGAAAAGUUGUGAAGCUGAUCCGUUUGUGGAACCCCUGGGGCAAAGGAGAGUGGGAAGGAGACUGGAGUGAUCGGUCCCCCAUGUGGAACACUGUGAGUUCUCAAGACCGCCAAAUGUGCCUUUCAGUGGCCGAUGAUGGAGAGUUUUGGAUGACUUUUGAAGAUUUCUGUAAGUUCUACACAGAUCUUGACAUCUGUGGCCUGAAACCAGACUUCAUAGAUGUAAAAUCCUCUGCUCAGUGGAAGACCUCUGUGUACGAGGGUCGGUGGGUUGCUGGAACUACUGCUGGAGGCUGCAUAAAUUACAGAGACACUUUCUGGACAAAUCCACAGUAUCGAUUUAAGGUCGAAGGUGAAAACUCAGAAACCAAUGGGGAGAAAAACAUCCUAGUGUCUCUCAUGCAAAAGCCUGACAAGAGGAACAGACGCCUGGUGCAGAACCUCCACAUUGGCUUUUCUGUAUAUUUAGUCCCGCCACAGUGUUUCAGUUUGUUGUACGCCAGCUGUUGUACGCCAACUUCAGAAACUUCUUCAAAUGAAAUUGGGGAGCUGAAAUAUCACUUUGUGUCUUGUACUGAAAUUAUUCAAAGUGGGAAGUUUCCAUCAAUGUUCUUCAACACCCAUGUGCCUGUUGCUCGGAGUGAUAAAUACAUGAAUGCCCGUGAGGUGAUAGAGUUCCUUAUGCUGAAGCCUGGUGAAUACCUGAUUGUGCCAUCCACCUUCAAACCCAACGAGACAGCCUCCUUCAUCCUCACCAUCCACUCAAGAGAAGAGACAUGUUGCUAUGAGAAUUCAAAUGUAAAUGAGCAGAAAUAUGAGCCAGUUGAAAAGGUCACAAAAGUAAAAAACCAUCAGGAUGAUGAAAACAAGAAAACAGUCUUCCAUCAAUACUCUGACAAGUAUGAAGAAGUGGAUGCUGAGCAGCUCCAGAGGCUUCUAAAUGAAAACAUCCUGAAAGGAGACAUGAAAUCUGGAGGGUUCAGCCUUGAUGCCUGUCGCAGCAUGGUGGCUCUAAUGGAUACGUCGAUCACAGGCAAACUAAACAGUGAGGAAUUCGUCCGUCUGUGGAACAAGGUCACUAAAUACAAGGAGACUUUCUUCCUCACCGACGUUUCAAAAACAGGAACGCUGUCACUGAGUGAGCUGAGGAAUGCAUUUGUAGCUUCAGGAAUGAAGGUUGCAGAUGACAUGCUCAGUCUGAUGGCUCUGCGCUAUGGCGCCUCCUCUGGACACAUGACACUGGAGUGCUUCAUCAGUCUCAUGAUUCGCUUGGACUGCAUGAAGAAAAUCUUCAAACAGUUGUCUGAUGGAAAAUCCAUUAAUCUCAAGGAGUCAGAGUGGAUGUAUGUUUCCAUGUACACUUAA